UUUGUACAACCAAUUACAAACAUCUCAAAGAUCGCUUGUCGAGUGGAGUUCACGAACGUAAAGUGCAAUUCUUUGGACAAGGAGUUCUCCGAUUUUGAAUAUUGUUAUCUGAAAUCUGUGAACCGGACCUACAAGUAUCUAUCGCUGAAAGUCAAUCUGUUUCAAGUUCCCGUUACCAAUGUCUCGACGAAAAUAGGACUGUACAAGCGAUUCAGUGGAUAUAAACCAUUCCUUUACAAUUUAACUGUGGAUGCCUGCAAAUUCCUCAAACAUCAAAAAACCUUUCCCAUUGUAUCAUAUUUUUAUGAGUUAAUUAAAGAUUUUUCAAAUAUGAAUCAUUCAUGUCCCUACGAUCAUGAUCUACUAUUGGAUAAGCUUACCAUCGAGCAUAUCAAUAACCGAUUCUCGAAAACUCUGGACUUUCCCUCGGGCGAUUACUUGAUCCACUUGCACUUUCUGGCCUACGGCAUCAACCGUGCGGUGGUUAAAAUAUAUUUCACCCUUUCGUGAAUGCUCAUGCUCUAGGAGCGAAAGACGUUCAUUCAAUAUGCAUUAUUAUCAAUAAAUGUUCUUAUGUUUUGUC